AUAAGAUUGCAAGACAUAACUACUUGAAUACCCUUCAAUUUUGUAAUACUAUAAAUACAUGAUGAUCAUGAUACUCCAUGCAUAAGAAAAUUGAAGUGUAGCCUCAUCGAUCUUCACUCUUCAGUCACAAAUAAUAAGUAUUUCAAAAUAAUCAUAUAAGAUGAAGCCAAUUUUGUUUGCAAUCUUGUUGCUUUUGGUUUACGUGAUGUUCCCUCCCUCCUCAACACUUGCAGCUCGAGUAGCAGGGAAGCGAGGAGGAGGUGAUUUUGGAUUAAAUCCAAGGGAAAGAGAUCCAUCUGGAAGAGGUAUUGGAAAUGCUCCACGUGGAAGAACACCAAUACAUCCACCACCUAUUCCUGCUUCUCCCAAUCUUGCUGAUGCUUUUAUUCCAAGAUUUCCUCGACCUAAAAUUCCAAGAUUAGGUCGACCUCGUAUCCCACACCCACACCAAUGCGAUCCUGAUUAUCCACUCAUUGGUGGUUUUUGCCCCCCACCUAGUAAUUAAGCAUUUAACACUUAAUUAAUUAAUAAAUUGAGGUCGAGGUCUUCUAAGAAGAAGCAAUAUUUAUUAACUAGUGUUUCGUUUUAAUUUGUGUGGCUUAUAUAUACCCAAAUAUGCAUGUGUUUGUUUUACUAGCCAGUACGUAGAAUAAUCCACCUCAAUAAUGUAUGUUUCAGUUUGUUGUAAUACUUGCUAUUUGUCAAAUAAAACCAUAUAUUAUUGGCCUUCAA